GAGGUUACUCGAUUGAUUAAGAGUUACCCGUUUAAUCUUUUGGUGUGUGUUGUAAAACGCGAUUUAGGUUAUCAAAUAAAAAAAAAAUAAAAAAAAAAAACACAAAAAAAAGUUACAUAAUUAUAGGGAGUAUUUGUGCUUUUCCCCUCUCUCUCCCAGUCUCCCGCUCGAUCUCUCUGUAAGAUCCCCAUCGAAGCGCACUCCACGCUCUCCGUUGAUAAUUCUAUCCUCCAUUGAAGCAGCUUUUGAGGAUGUCAACCUUGAGAAACUUGAAGAUAAAGACUAGCACCUGUAAGCGCCUUGUUAAAGAGCUAAACUCGUAUGAGAUAGAGGUCAAAAGAGAAGCUGCUAAAACAGCUGAGAUGAAGGAGAGAAGCGCUGAUCCUUAUGACCUUAAGCAACAGGAGAAUGUGUUGGCUGAAUCUAGGAUGAUGAUUCCUGACUGUCGCAAGCGCCUGGAGUCUGCACUGGCUGACUUGAAGGGAACACUGGCGGAGCUGGAAGAGUCUGGCGAGAAAGAAGGACCAGAUGUCGAUGAUGCUCGAAGUACCAUUGCGGAUGUUGAGAAAGUGUUUGAAAGUGGAGAUGCAUAGUAAAAAAUUUGAAUCACAAAUUAAGAUUCUAUCUAAUGUAAGAGGUUGUGCACUCAGGAAAGAAGUCUGUUGAGGUUUUGUGGUGUAAUUGUAGAAAUUACUGAAGCUGUCAGUUCUCAGGUGUGGAUGGCACAGUUUAUAAAUUUUCAUUUAUUUUUAGCCUAUGACAUGAACUUCCUUGCUUUUCUGGCCUUUUGAAAACUGACUGAUCUUCUUGUUGACUUAGAAAAUCAAACUCAAUCAGUGGUUCUUAAUACUUUGUACUACGUUUUGAGUAAAUAAUUGAAAGUAAUUACCUUAGUUUGAUGUUGCA